AUGCUAUAUGUCGGCAGCCCGGAAACGUUGGUAAUUGCAGCAAUUUUUUUGGAUGUGCUUAUGACAACCAUCCUCACACCGCUCGCGCCCACGCUGACUCCAAGCUACCAGAAGAUUGCAGUGCUGACGAGCUCAAAGAAUGUUGUGACGUGCCUCAUCGCGCCCUUCGUUGGAAGCUACAUUGAUGGAAACGAAGCAAAGUCCAUGCAGCAUGGGAUGCUUUGUGCGAUGAUUUGCUCUCUAGGCUUGGCGGUAGUAGAGAACUAUUGGCUCUGGCUGGCGAUACGCUGUGUCAGCGGCUGCUCGACAGCAGCUAUCGUUUGGGGAGGCUUCGCGACCUUGAGCAGGUUGCAUGCGAAGAAGGCGGCGCAAACGGGCUUGUAUGGGCUUGUCAACCUCAGUACACUCAGUCUCCACCUCAUUACGUCUGCUGGACCAAGAGCUGGCGUUUUGUUUGUGGAUGACGCGGGUUCGCUCUUCCCUCUCCUCAUCGCAGGGCAGAUGUGUGCCCGAAGCGCACAACAGUACAUAUUGUAUGAUGCGUUGCUGGCUCCCAAGCUCCCCAAGCUCCCAGAGGCAGAUGCAGAAAGAAAUUCAGUUAUUGCCUCGCUUCUCGCCCUGUCCUUCAUAGCUGCGCUCGGCUCUACUGCAAUUGAGCACAUGGUCCGCUUGGGGUACGACCAGAUGAAGCAGAAGCUUGACAACAUAGCUUUGAUUUGUUUGGGCUUAGACUACAUCCCGCUUGCUGUCACGCUGUUGGGUGCGAGCUUCGCUACUGGAAUCGCAGAUGGAAACACGCAAGCUCUGUUGGUGAGCUUUCGUUUUAUGUGCCAGAGCUUUGGCACCUGCAUGUUGCUUUAUGCCGUGUCCUUGGCAGCGCCUGGGAGGCCCAUAGAGCUCUGCCCACCGAAGCUCUCUACGGUGCCCUCAGGGCGCCAGGUUCAAUCCGUGCUCAAAAAAGAGACGCUGCGCUGCGGCUUUGCCUGCGGAGUGGCUAGCCUUGAAUUGUUCCCCUCCGUGCAUGGCGCUGCCGGGGAGAGUGAUGAAGCACAGGGAAGGGACUGCCCCCAUGUGCACGCUGACACCUUUGCGGCGGCAGAGGCUGUGUACGCGGGGUCGCAAGCUUUCAUCUACCGAGCCCCAGGCACACCAUACCCCAAGGGAGCCAUCUACGGACGCUUUGACCACCCGACAAGGCUGAAGCUCGAGCAGUGCCAUCAGUCCUGCGAGAUGGUGCCGCAUGCCUUGGCCUUCAGCACCUACGAGGCAGCCGCCGCAAGUGUUUUGACGCUUCUCAAGACGGGGGAUCGCAUGCUGGCCCUGGGGCUGCGGCAGGCAAUUCCCCGUGACCAUGCCGGCUAUGCCUUCUUUAUUUGUUUGAAUGCGAUGGACAAGUGCCUACAACACUUCUUCAAAGAGACGGCGGCGCAGCGGGCUUUUCAGUAUCAGGACGAUGACAAUCUCAGCAUGUCCGUCCGUACCACCAACAUGUUCCGCGUAAGCGCCAAAGAGCAGCCAUAUUUCGACUUCCGUUGGUUCCGCUACGGUUCUUUUCAGGGCUUCAAGUAUGAGGCUCGAAGUAUGGGCCUCUUCAAUUGGUACCUUGCAGCACAGCUUCGCAUGAGCAACACGCUCGCAGUGGAAAGCGUGACUCAGACGAGCUUCCAGCUCCGCAUCCUGGGCGAAGCUCUUGGCAAGGUUCUCUUCUCCGAAGAUCCCUCCAGAGGAACACGUAGAUUCUACAACUUCAAACUUGCACUGGUCGUUGAAAUGUGCCUGCAGCGGCGCUCGCAGAGCGUUGUUUUCACCCCCGGUGGUACUCGAUUUUGGCAAAACGGUUUCGUGCUACAAUAUCCCAAGAAGUAUCAAGAAGAACUCUGCAUGCUGGAGAAAAUGGUGGCAGAAGCCCACAUUGCGAAGUUUGCCGUGGCCUUGGCCAGUGGCUCUGCCGCUUACCAUGUUCUCCUGGACCAGCUAGCACCGGGUGAUCACGUGAUUGCCAGCAACAAGCUCUUUGUCGGUGCCUUCGAGGCCUUCCAAGACAUUGCUGCAGAUGCCUACGGCGUGACGUUCACCUUCGUGGACUUAGAUGACUUGGGCGCAGUGGCCGCUGCCAUCCUUCCCGAGACACGGCUGUUGUGGGUCGAGUCUGCAUCAAAUCCGUUGGGACACCCGGCCGACGUACCUGGCCUUGCCAAACUCUGCAAAGAGCAUCGGGAGCGCUCACAACAGCGACUGCAUUUGGUGGUGGACAAUACUUGGUGCGGGCCCUACGCACUUCGGCCGCUGAUGCAGGGGGCAGAUCUGGUUGUGGAGUCUCUGACGAAGACCAUUGGGGGCCACUCGGAUCUCCUGCUUGGUGCUGUCUGCACACGGUUUCCGUGCAAAUGCAUGAUGGCCUGUUGGAGGCUCGCGGGCGACUUGGUAACAGCCCCGCACGGCUGGACUGCGAUCUGGCGAUCAGUAGCUUGCUUACCUACGAAGCGCGCAUGGACGUCAUGGUGUCAAACGCUCGAAGACUUGCAGCCGCUUUAG